GUGGACUGCGAGGCGCGUCUUCCGCGACGGUGCUUUCUGAAAUUCCCCGACCUUUUCACGAAUAUCUGACGACCGAGCUCGUCGACGGCCGCCACGAUGUCGGUGAUGCUCACGAAAUUCGAAUCGAAGAGCAACCGCGUCAAGGGGCUCGCUUUCCACCCCACACAACCACUGCUUGCGGCGGCGCUGCACAAUGGGAGCGUGCAGCUUUGGAACUACAGGAUGGGCGUGCUUGUCGACCGGUUUGAGGAGCAUGAAGGUCCCGUCCGUGGUGUCGCUUUCCAUCCUUCGCGCCCCUUGUUAGUGACUGGAGGUGAUGACUACAAAGUUCGCGUGUGGGAUAUCCGCCCGCAGAACCGCCGCUGCCUCUUUACCCUGCACGGCCAUCUCGACUACGUCCGUACCGUUCAGUUUCACCAUGAGAUGCCCUGGAUUAUCUCGACAGGCGACGACCAGACGAUCAGGAUAUGGAACAGCACCUCGCGCAACUGCAUCGCGAUCCUCACCGGCCAUUCCCACUACAUCAUGUCUGCAUUCUUCCAUCCCAAGGACGAUCUUGUUGUAUCCGCGUCUAUGGAUCAAACCGUCCGCGUCUGGGACAUCUCCGGCCUUCGCAAAGGCGCGCCCAACAGCACUCCCGGCGGCGGUAUGGGUGGUCCCGGCGGCCCUGGUGGUGGUGGCGGCGGUGCCAGCGGCGCGGGCGGCUUUGAGGCCUUUGACAGCUUCUCGACCGUCAAGUACGUCCUCGAAGGCCACGACCGCGGCGUCAACUUCGCGUCCUUCCACCCCACGCUUCCGCUCAUCGUUUCCGCUGCCGAUGAUCGCGUUAUCAAGAUCUGGCGCAUGAGCGAGACGAAGGCAUGGGAGGUCGACUCUUGCCGCGGGCACUUCAACAACGUCUCCUGCGCCAUCUUCCACCCCAAGCAUGAGCUGAUCCUCUCUUGCGGCGAGGACAAGACGAUCCGCGUCUGGGACCUCGCCAAGCGCACCGCUAUACAGACAUUCCGUCGCGAGCACGACCGCUUCUGGGUCCUUGCCGCGCAUCCCAACCUCAACCUCUUCGCUGCGGGUCACGAUAGCGGCCUCAUUGUAUUCAAGCUCGAGCGCGAGCGUCCGGCUUUCUCGGUUUACCAGGACACCCUCUACUACGUGCGCGACAAAUAUGUGCGCUCGUACGACUUCAACACGGGCGCGGACGCUGGUCUGCUCAGCGUCUGGAAGCUGGGCAGCCCGUAUAUGCCGCCGCGCACCCUCAGCUUCAACCCGGCGGAGAAGGCGGUGAUCAUCACUGCGUCGAGCGACAAUGGCUUGUACGAGCUAUCAAGUUUACCUACACAGGCUGCGGGCGACGUCAAGGACUCGACUGUGGACGGCAAGCGUGGCAACGGCCAGAGCGCUAUCUUCGUCGCACGGAACCGGUUCGCUGUCCUCAACACAGCUACGCAGAUCAUCGAAGUCCGCGACCUGUCGAACUCGGUGGUCAAGACAAUCAAGCCGCCUGUCCAAACCAACGAGAUCUUCUACGGUGGCACAGCCAGCUUGAUCUUGAGCUCGACGUCGACAGUCGUCCUAUACGACAUCCAGCAACAGAAGACGCUCGCUGAGAUCAACAGCCCGCCGGUCAAAUAUGUCAUCUGGAGCAUCGAUGGGUCCAUGGUCGCUCUCAUGAGCAAGCACACGAUCACCAUCGCGAACAAGAACUUCUCGCAGCACAGCUUGAUUCAUGAGACUAUUCGUAUCAAGUCCGGCGCUUGGGAUGACUCUGGUGUCUUCAUCUACUCGACACUGAACCACAUCAAGUACUGCUUAUGGAAUGGCGACCACGGCGUCAUCUGCACCCUUGACAACCCCGUCUACCUCACCCGCAUCAAGGGCAAGACCGCCCACUGCCUCGACCGCUCCGCCCGCCCGCGCACCAUCACCUUCGACCCGACCGAGUACCGCUUCAAGCUCGCUCUGCUCAAGCACAACUACGAGGAGAUGCUGUACAUCAUCCGCACCUCGACGCUCCUCGGGCAGAGCAUCAUCGCGUACCUGCAGCAGAAGGGCUUCCCGGAGAUCGCGCUGCACUUUGUGCAGGACACGAACACGCGGUUCGAGCUUGCGAUCGAGUGCGGGAACCUGGAUGUGGCGAUGGAGACGGCGAGGGAAAUUGACCGGGCGGAUUGCUGGGAGCGGUUGGCGCAGCAGGCGUUGAAGCAGGGGAACCAUAAGAUUGUGGAGAAGUGCUACCAGCAGACGAAGAACUUUGACAAGCUGUCGUUCUUGUAUCUGGCAACUGGCAGCACCGAGAAGUUGUCGAAGAUGCAGAAGAUCGCCGACGCUCGGGGAAACCCCAUGUCAAGGUUCCACAACGCGCUGUACGCCAAUGAUGUUGAGGCGCGGAUCGCAGUCCUUCGGGAUGUUGGCCUCUACCCUCUUGCCUACCUUACUGCGAAGUCGAACGGCCUCGAAGACCUUGCUCAGGAGAUCCGCGUCGAUGCUGGCUUGGAGGAGGCUGACGUUGAAGACGUCGAGGUCACGCAGUCAACCCUCCAGCCGCCACCUAUCGUGACAGAGACGGCCAACCUCAACUGGCCGACCGUCGCCCAGGGCGAAAACUUCUUUGAGCGCGCAUUGGUCAACGGCCAGCUUGAGGCUGGUGCCGAGCCAUCGUAUGCCAACGGCGACGCGUCCGGUGCUGCUCUCAACUCUGCCCUCGAUGCAUGGGCGAAGGACGAGGAAGAGGAAGAGAUCGCGGAACCUGACAACGAUGCUUGGGAUCUCGACGCUGAGGAGCCAGAAGCGGAAGAGGAAGAAGCUGAAGCCGAGGAAGCGGCACAGGAUCAGGACCUUGGUGCUGGUGCCACGCCAGGAGCAAGCGAGACCGAGUACUGGGUACGCAACUCACCGCUGGCUGCCGACCACGUCUCUGCCGGCUCCUUCGACACGGCGAUGCAAGCACUUAACCGCCAGCUCGGUGUCGUCAACUUCGCGCCUCUGAAGCCAUUGUUCCUUGCCACCUACCGCGCCGCGCAUACCUACUUGACGCCCGUUGCCUCAUUGCCGCCGCUACAGCUGCACGUACGACGCAAUCCGCACGAGUCGGCGCCCAGCAAGGUGCUGCCGGUCGCGGCGAAGUCUUUGCAGGCUGUACGCGCGGAGCUGACGGAGGGCUACCGCUGCUUCUCGUUGGCGAAGUUCACUGAGGCGCGGGACACCUUCCGGCGCGUGCUGCAGUCGUUGCUGCUCGUGGUCCUUUCGUCAGACGCGGAAGCGAAGCUGUGGCGAGAGACCGUGACGUCCGCACGGGAGUACCUCCUUGGCGUGUCUAUCGAGCUCGAGCGGCGGAGAGUGGAGAAGGAGGAGCCUGAGAACGUCCGGCGCGACUUAGAGCUGGCUGCGUACCUCACGCACUGCCAGCUGCUGCCACCGCACAUGCAGAUCGCGCUCCGGAGCGCGAUCGGCCGUUUCUCAAAAGUGAACAACCAGGCUGAUGCUGCCAAGUUUGCUCGCCGCUUACUUGAGCUCAAGCCGGAUCCGAAAAUUGUUGCGCAGGCGCGCCAAAAGAUCGCAGCGGGCGACCGCAACCCGCGGAACGCGGUCGAGGUUACUUACGACGAGUUCACGAGCUUCGAGAUCUGCGCCGCGUCGUACACACCGAUUUACAAGGGCACGGCCGCGGUGCACUGCCCAUACACCGACGCAGCGUACUUGCCGCAGUACAAGGGCCAGUUGGACCCGUUGACGGAGCUGACGGAGAUCGGGGCGACGGCGACGGGGCUGCCGGCGCCGUGGUAGAUGCGUUAUGCGCUGUGGAUGCAUGUACGGUAACGACAUACGUGUGCAUGAAUUACUGUGAUCUUGCUCUCUCAUGGACGAUGGAUGCAGUGCGUGUAGCGGAGUACAUAUGUAUGCUUCGAGGCGCUUCAUAGACGUUCUGAGUGCGAUGCGAGUGCUGGCUCCCGUGAGACUAGAAAAUCUGAUAUGCGAGGGUGUGUUGUACCACGAUGCUCAUCAAUGGUUGCUACGGCCUGAGCAGCGAAC